ACGUAAUGUUUACGCAUGCGUAAGUCGUUAUGGUAGUUACGGUUCGGGGUGCGGUGACAGGGAUCCAUCUCGGAGUAUAUUAUCUUUGACUAGCUAAACAGCUGGGUGGACCAGCGACGCAAUUUUGCCUCAAUGACAUUUUCUUUAGGGAUGGAAUUUGGAGUGUGAGACCAGCCGGUUGUAGUAGCGUUUUUAAUCUUCACAGCUGCGCCAUGGAUUUCAAUGUUAAGCGGUUAGCCGCAGACGCCGGUACCUUUCUGAGCCGCGCGGUUCAAUUUACAGAGGAGAAGCUGGGCCAGGCUGAGAAGACUGAGCUGGACGCUCAUCUGGAGAACCUGCUGGUCAGAGCUGAAAACACCAAGCAGUGGACAGAAAAGAUCAUGAAGCAGACAGAAGUCCUCCUACAGCCCAACCCAAAUGUCCGGCUGGAGGAAUUUGUGUAUGAGAAGCUGGAGAAAAAAGCCCCCACGCGAAUGAACAACCACGAGUUGCUGGGACAGUCCAUGAUCGAGUCAGGAAGUGAAUUCGGUCCUGGAACGGCGUACGGAAACGCUAUGAUAAAAUGCGGCGAGACGCAGAAGCAGAUUGGCGGAGCCGAGCGCGAGUUCAUCCAGAGUGCGGCUAUCAACUUCCUCACACCUUUCCGAAAUUUUCUGGAAGGUGAUUUCAAAACCAUCCUGAAAGAGCGGAAGCUGCUUCAGGUGAAACGUCUGGACUUGGAUGCAGCCAAAACCCGACUAAAGAAAGCCAGGAUGACCGACGCCAGAGCUGCAGCCGAGCAGGAGCUCCGGAUGACGCAGAGCGAGUUCGAUCGGCAGGCGGAGAUCACGCGUCUGCUGCUAGAGGGCGUCAGCAGCACCCAUGCGCACCACCUCCGCUGCCUGAACGACUUCGUGGAGGCCCAAACCACCUAUUACGCCCAGUGUUACCAGUACAUGGUGGAUCUGCAGAAGCAGCUGGGCAGUUUCCCCUCGUCCUUUUCCAACAACAACCAGGUGUCGGCCGCCGCCAGCAUCUCCGUGCAAUCCAUCCCGUUGUCUGCCUCCCUGCCCAGCGUGUCGGCGGGUCACAGCGGCCUGACCUUGUCGCCUGGCUUCAGCGGCACCCGCAAAGCCCGGGUCCUCUACGACUAUGACGCUUCCAGCAGCAGCGAGCUCUCCCUGCUGGCCGACGAGGUGAUCACAGUCAGCAGCUUCUUCGGCAUGGACUCAGACUGGCUGAUGGGAGAGCGCGGGACCCAGAAGGGCAAAGUUCCCACCACCUACCUGGAGCUGCUGAACUGAGGCCCCUCCCCCCUCGGUCCGCUGUUUACGCCCUGCAGCAGGGACACCCCCCCUCCCCCCCUCUCCAUUGACUCCCCCCCCACUUUAUUUUAGAAUCCAUCGUCUUCGUCACCAAAGUGACGGGACCGCAGGCGGACGCGCUCCCUCGUGCAGUGCCUUUUUUCUAAAACGUGUUUGAUGCAAUUCAAGCUGAAAUAUGUGCCAGCUUUAGUUGUUUUUGUUUUUUUUAAAGCAGUGUUUGUUUACAAGGCAUACCUGACGGUGACCUAAAUGCAUUUGAUUUCCAUCAAAGUAUGGGAAAAAAAAGAAAACAAAGCACUUCAGGCAGAAACCAGUGAGACUUUGUCUUAUUUUACAGAGCGGUGUCCGUUUAUUUUAAGGCCUUCUCUUGUCUGGACUGAAACCUUUAAUAUUUUUUAAUUUCUUCUUUGGAAACAAACUCCUCCCCUUUUUACUUAAGAAAACCGCCGCCCUCUGUAGCUCCAUGUAUGUAAUGUAUCCCUGCAGAACUGCACACAGUAUUUAUUUCUUCUUAAUUUGCUGUUUACUCCUAAAAAUUUCAGAUAUUUACCAGUUUAUUACUAACAUGCCGCUUUACUCUGAAUGUGUUUGGAUAAACAUAAAAAAAUUGGGAACUUUAUUAUCAUACAAGUGCUUUUGUUUUGUGUGUAACUGAUGUGACAGCUCGCAGCUGUGAAAUAAAAUUCUAUUCCAAUAAA